GACAGUGGGGAUGAUGGUGAUGAUAAUGAUGAUGAUGAUAAUGUUGACGAUCAUAAUGAUGAUGAUUAUGAUGAUGAUUGCAUAGUACAAUAGGAUAGAUGACAACAACAGUCGGAAAUGCUCAUGUUACUAGUUAAAAAAUAUCCUGUUUGCAAAUAUUAUUUGGAUUGCAUAUUGUUCGUUUUCACUUUUCAGUGCCUAGAACUAUGCCAUCACCGACAACAACUCCUGUAGGUAAGAGAGAUAUAUUUAUUAAACAAUAACGAAGGUAAUGAUGAUGAUAAAAUGAUGAUGAUGAUGAUGAAAUAAAACAGAAGAGACUCGACUUUAGUAUGAAAUAAAUACACGUGAAGUAUUUUAAGAAGGAAGUUCCUGGUUUGUCUCGUGCUAAAAAUAUUUAGAUUGAAGUUUUAUCGUUUUUAAUUCAUUGUUGUCAGUGCCUACAACCAUGCCUGCCCCGACUACAACGCCUGAAGGUAAGAAAUAGAUAUUUAGCACACAGUAAAUAUCUAGCACACACAUAUUUCGCACACAGUAAAUAUCAAUAAAUGUUCAGCUUGGAAUGUGGCGUGCCUCAGGGUUUCUCUCUAGGUCCCAUACUAUUUACGCUGUGUAGGAGUAAGCUCUUUGGGACCGUCAAAAAUCAUCUGCCUGAAGUUCAUUGUUAUGCAGAUGAUACACAGGCUUACAUUUCACUAGUCAGGCCAGCUUUCAGCCUAAAAAGGCACGGAAAAUCGCGGAUAUUCGUUUGUGGAUGACAAUCUUAAAUUGAACGACGACAGGAGGACUAAAUUUCUCAUUAUUGGCACACCAUGACAGCUGGAAAAGGUCGACAUCACAAGUAUCCGUGUGGUUAACCCUGACCUUCAUCCCAUUCCCACUGCAAGGAAUCUCGGUUCAUGGUUUGACUCUGGGCUGUUCAUGUCUAAAUAAACAUAUUACAAAGAUCUGUGGCUCUGCAUUUUUCUAUCUGAACAACAUACGACGCAUCAGGAAUUAUCUCUCACAAACGUCGACCGAGAUACUUAUUCAUGCAUUCGUAUCCAGUCGUCUUGACUACUGCAACAGGUUAUUACAUGGCCUGCCUAAUUUCUUACUAAAUAAGCUAUAACGUGUACAGAAUGCUUGUGCUUGACUGAUUUUUAAUGAACGCCGCUUAUUAUGGAGUUACACUGGUUACCAAUAAGAAUAGAAUUGAGUUUAAAAUUCUUUUGAUUACUUUUAAGAUUCUUCGUGGUUUAGCCCCGUCUUAUUUAUCAUCUCUUAUUAGGCUUAGGCGUCCAUCGCGAUACAAUCUUAAAAAUUCAAAUGAUAAUCUUUUACAGUGGAACCCCGCCUUACGGCCACCUCGGUAAUAAAGUCACCUCGUUAUUACGGCCACUGUUUUUGGCCGCCCUGCAAAACGACCAUACAUUUUCUUGUAAAAAAAACCUCGUUAAUACGGUCACCCGUUAAUACGGCCAAUUUUUUUGCCCCAUUGGUGACCGUUUAACGGGGUUCUACUGUAGCAAUAUAGAUGAUGACAAUAUAAUGAAACUGGAGAGUCUUGACAACAGUCAAAAUUCCAAAUACAUGUAAUAUUAUAGUUUAGAAGGAAUUACCCUGUUUGUUCUGUGCCAAAAAAUAUUUGGAUCGAAGUUUAUGCGUUUUCAAUUCAUUGUUUCAGUGCCUACAACCAUGCCUGCCCCGACAACUACCCCUGAAGGUAAGAAUUAAAGAUUUAUUUAUUACAUAAUAACUAAAAGUAGGGAUGAUGAAAAGGAAAUAUAUGACUGCUUACUUCAAAUCCUUUAAUUUCACAACCAAACGACUAUCCUGAUCUACCUACCUUAUUAGGAUAAAUGCAACAUAUUCAAAAUCGUCCGUACUUCACCCACUUGUUAUCUUUACAAUCAUCUUAAUAGUGACUUGUAAGCCUCUGAAUUAUAUUCUGUAUUCCAGUUAAUCUCAGCAAUGUUUUUAACGUAUUAUAAACCUUUCUUCUUAUAUAUUUAUAUAAGCUUAAAUAACUUUUUGUUGACCUGUUUAUAUAAUACCAUUUGAAGUGCGUAUUUUGUUUUAUAUGGACACUACUCACCUAGACUAGCGUUUGUUAUUUGUGGGCAGUGAGAAAAUUAAAUUGUAAAUAUCUUAAUAAACCAAUAAAUUAAAUGAAACUGAUGGUGAUGAUCAAAUAAUGCAAAUGGAUAGACGUCCACAUCAGUCUUCAAUGUUAAUGCUUUUAAAUAAAGAGGAACUUUGCAGUUUGUCUUGUGCAAAGAAUAUUUCGAUUGAAAAUUUUUUCUACUUUUUCCGUUUUUUUUUCAGUGGCUACAACCAUGCCGACGACGAUACCUGAAGGUAACUGAAAUAGAGUUCAUGGUGAUUCUGAUGAUGUUAAAAUAAAACCGGGGAGUUUAGACGGGCAUCAGUUUGAAUUGCAUACAAGAAAGUGUCUGGUUUGUCUUGUGCAAAGAUUAUCUGGAUGAAACCAUUUUUCAUUUAACUUCAACGUUUUCAGAGCCUACAACCGCGCCUCCCCCGACAACGACGCCUGAAGGUAAAAAAAGAGAUAUUUAUUAAGCAACAACUAAGGUAAUGAUGAUGAUGAUGAUGUAAAAGAGGAUUCUCGAAAUCAACACGAAAUGCAUAUACGUGUAUAGUAUUAUUUAAGAAGGAAGUUCCUGGUUUGUCUUAUGCAAAAAAAAUAUUUUGCUCGUUUUUACUUCAUUGGUUUUAGUGCCUACAACCAUGCCCGCCGUGACAACGACACCUGAAGGUACGUAAGAAAGAGAUGUAUUUAGCACACAGUAACUAACAGUAGGGGUGAUGAUGAUGUAAUACAAUUGGAUAGACGAAAACAUCAUUCUAAAAUGCUUAUGUUUAUUCAUUUUCAAUGUUUUUAGUGACUACAACCAUGCCUGCCCCAACAACGACACUUAAAGGUAAGAACGAAAUAUAUUUAGCGCACAGUAACUAACAGUAGGUUCGAUGAUGAUGGUGCUGAUGAUGAUGAUGAUGAUGAUGAUGAUGAUGAUGAUGAUGAUGAUGAUAUAAUACAAUUGGAUAGACGAAAGCAUCAGUCUAAAAUGCUUAUGGUACUAGUUAAGAAGAAAAUUCCCAGUUUGUCUUAUACAAAGACUAUUUGGAUUGAUGUUUAUUCAUUUUCGUUGUUUUUAGUGCCUACAACCGUGCCGACACCGACAACGACCCCUGAAAGUAAGAAAGAAAUAUUUAUUAAAUAAUGACUAAAUUAGCAAUGUAGAUAGUGAUUAUAUUAUAAAACUUGAGUGUCUCGACAUCAGUCUAAAUUGCAAAUACAUGUAGUAUUAGUUAAGAAGAAAGAUCCCAGUUUGUCUCGUGCAAAAAAAUAUUUGGAUUGAAGUUAAUUCGUUUCUACUUCAUUGUUUUCAGUGCCUACAACCAUUCCAACACCGACCACGACACCCGAAGGUGAGAAAGAAAUAUUUAUUAAACAAUAAUUUACAGUGCGAAAGAUGAUGAUGGUGGUGAUGAUAAACACUCAGUUUGAUACAAUACAAAUGGAUAGGCGACUACAUCAGUCUGUAAUGUUUAAUAUACUUCUAAUUAAAAAGGAAAUUCCCAGUUUGUCUUAUGCAAAUAAAAUUUGAACUUCGCUGUUUUCAGUGCCUACAACCAUGCCAACACCGACAACGUCGCCUGAAGGUAAGAAUUGGUAAUAUUCAUCAAACAAUAUGAUAAUUAACAGUUAAUGAAUGAGGCUGAGUAUCUUAUGAAGAAUUAUGGAGAUCGAGGAGGGUGUUAUCCGUCGAGGCCGUAGGCCGAGGCGGAUAACACCCUCCGAGAUCUCCAUAAUUCUUCAUAUGAUACGAAAGCCGAAUUCAAUAACUGUUUUAUUAUUCAUUCAAAAUAAUUCCUAGUUUAAAAACAUAGCUAAAACAUGCUUACCUCCAUCGAUCAAUCGAUGUUCAGUUCAUCUUCGAUAGUGUACGUUUAGGUUUGUCCAGCUCCGCAAAUAUUCUCCAAAUAGCAGAUGUCGCCCUUCGAGUUGUCUUCUUGCUGUUCUUGCCAUGUUUUUAGCUAUUUUUUCGCCUAGUUCUUACUCUUGAAAGGAGUGAAAUGUCCGCCAUUUUUUCAAGUUCACAACCAAAACAACUCAACCUCGUCCCCAGGUCCUCUCGGUUAACGGUGCCUUAACCUGCACGAACGCUGCAUUUUUGACGUCAUUUCCUCGUUAAAGUCAAAUUUCUUCCAAAUUUGGUCAUCGGUAACUGGUUAUGGUAAAUUAAACGUGAGCUUUUAGCCAUCAGAAUCGAGGAAAUAUUUUGAAUGAAUAAUAAUUAGAAAUUAUUGAAUGAGGCUGAGUAGGAUAUGAAGAAUUCUGCAGAUCAAGGAGGGUGUUAUCCACCGAGGCCGAAGGCGGAGGUGGAUAAAACCCUCCGAGAUCUGCAGAAUUAUUCAUAUCCUGCGAUAGCCGAAUUCAAUAAUUGCAUUAUUAUUCAUUCAAAAUAAUUCCAACUUUAAAAACAAGCUAAAAAUGCGUACCUCGGUCGAUGUUAAGUUCACAUCGAUACUGCAUCUUUUUCGGGAAAUUUAGCAGAUAAAGGUCUGCUCAGGUCUGCAAAUAUACUCCAAAUAGCAGAUGUUGUCCCUCGAGUUGACUUCUCGCUGUUCUUGCUAUGUUUUUUGACAAUACUUCGCCGUGAAACGAGUACAAUGUCCGCCCGCCCUUUCCGCCAUUUUUUUUAAACCGAUGACGUCAUUUUGACGUCAUCGGUUCAAUAUGACAGUUCAGCCGCUGGUUAUGGUGAAUUAUGCGUGUGGUUUUACCCAAUCAGAAACAGGGAAAUAUUUUGAAUGAAUAAUAAUGAUGAUUAAUACUUCUUGAGAGACGAAAAUAUCAGUCCGAAAUGCUUAUAGUACCAGUUAUAAAGAAAAUUCUUAGUUUGUCUUGCCCGAAAACUAUUUGGAUUAGGGUCGUUGUGUUCAGUGCCUACAAGUAUGCCAGCAACGACAACGACGCCUGAAGGUAAGAAAGAAGUAUCUAGUACACAAUAAUUAAUAGUAGGGAAGAUGGUGAUAGUGAUGAUAAACACGAUAAUAUAAUACAACUGGAGAUAGGACUACAUCGUUCUGUAAUGUUUAUACUUCUAAAUAAAAAGGAAAUUGCCAGAUUUGUCUUCUGCAAAUAAUAUUUGAACUGAGUUUUUUGUUUUUGUUUUGUUUUUUCGUUGUUUCAGUGCCUACAACCAUGCCAGCACCGACAAAGACGCCUGAAGGUAAGAACUGGUAAUAUUUAUUAGGAAAUAACAGGCCGUAUUGAUGACGAUAAUAAUAAUGCGAUGAUGAUGAUGAUGUUGACGAUGAUGAUGAUGAUGAUGAUGAUGAUGCCUAACACUUCCAAAGAGACGAAAAUAUCAAUCCGAAAUGCUUAUAGUACUAGUUACGAAGAAAAAUUCUAGUUUUAUCUUGCGCAAAAAAUAUUUGGAUGGCGGUUUAUUUAUAUUCAUUGUUGGCUGUGCCUACAACUUUGCCAGCACUGACAACGACUCCUAAAGGUAAGAAAGACAAAACAAUAAGUAAAGUAGCGAUGAUGGUGAUGAUGAUGAUGAUCGUGAUAUUAUAGAACUGAAGAGUCUCUAUAUCUGUCUAAAUAGCUAAAACUUGUAGUAUUAGUCAAGAAGGAAUUCCCAGUUUGUCUAGUGCAAAAAAUAUUUGGAUUCAAUUUUUUUUUCAUUGUUUUUAGUGCCUACAAGCAUGUCUUCCCCGACCACAACGCCUGAAGGUAAGAAUUAGUAAUAUGUAUUUAUUAGACGGCAUUAAUGAGAAUGAUGAUAAUGAUGACGACGAUGAUAACGAUGAUGAUGGCUAA